AUGGCCACCUCACGGGUGGCAAAGGGCCUCCUCUGGACCACCAUCGGCGCCAACGUCUACGUCUUCGCCAAAUGGAAUAUCCUCCAGUACAUGAACGACAACUACACCCUCUCCCGGAAGAACGUCGCCGAGGGCCGCUGGUGGACCAUCAUCUCCGCGGCCUUCAGCCACGUCAACCUGGCCCACCUUGGCAUCAACAUGCUUGUUCUUCACAGCACCGCAUCUCUGGGUAUCUCCGGGGCGAUAGGCCUCGGGCCCGUCCGGCUGACUGCCCUGGCCCUCGGCUCCGCCGUCUGCGGGUCCCUCGGGGCCCUGUACGACUACCAGAAGACCGCCGAGGCCGGGCUCCCGGAGACGCGCGGGCUCGGCGCCUCGGGAAUGGUGGAGGGUGUCAUGAUGGCUACUAUGCUCGCCCAGCCGCGGUGGCCGAUGAUGGUCUUCCCUAUCCCAAUCUCCAUUCCGUACUGGGGCGUCAUGGCCGGGUUCGUCGGCUACGACAUGUACCGGCUGUACGAGGAGAAGAAGUCGGGCCAGAAGCAUGCCAACUGGAUGGGCUCCUACACCGGCUACGCCGCCCACCUCGGCGGCGCCGUCUUCGGGGCCGCCUUCUACUUCCUGGCCAUGAGGAGGGGCAUGAUGAUCCGCAAGGCGGCCUGGAUUCAGGCACUGAAGCGGCGGCCAUGA